AUGGAUCUCAACGUAAUGCACUGGCUCAUGGCUACCACCCGCAUGUACCACUCUCAGCUGCGGUGGGAACGGAAGCGCGAUAAAGCAGCAGCGGUGCAGCCACCAACAGAAAGGAGAUGGGUCUAUCCUUGGGAGGAGGAAGAUGAAAGGCCGGUGGUCUACGCUGAGCAAGAAGAAAUCUGGCUGCCAGGGGAGAGGGAGGAAGCCGCGGUGGAUAAGAAGCGAGAGGACCUUGAUUGGGUUUUUGAAGCCAUUGAGCAGCAGCGGCGCCGAGAGCGGCAUGAGCGGGAAUUUGGCCUGAGUGACUUCGCUCUUAUGGCCGUCACAAAGGAAGCGGACGUGACAGCAGGGGACAUGGGGCAAGAUCAGUCAGGAAGCAGCAGCGCCACAGAGCAGGCAGCAGCUACAGAGGAAGAACCUACGGCGGCGGCAGAUCCGAGGGCAAAGCAGCCAGGGUGGCCAGAGGGACAGCCAGAUUGGGUGAUAGGAGACGGAAUGUCAGCAGCAGACGCGGGGAAGCUGAGGGAGGUGCUGACGAAACAUCGGGCCGCCUUCGCCUACACACUCAAGGAGGUCGGGAGAUGCAACAUGGCAGUAGUCACGUUAGACCUGACCACGGACAUACCGGUCUACCAGCGGCGGCGCCGGAUGACAGCAGAAGAAGUACGGAUCUGCAAAGAGAAGUGUCAGGAACUGCUCGAGGCGGGGUUUAUCAGGAGGUCCAACUCGGAAUAUGCAGCGGCGACCGUAGUGGCGGCACGCACAGACCUGACCGGCAAGGUGCUUUCUAAAAGGAUGUGCGGGGACUAUAGGGGACUGAACAAGAUCACGGUCAUGAAACGAUACCAGACACCAAUGCCGGACGAGCUGUUUGAUCUCUUAGCGGAGGCACGGGUGUUCACUACGCUAGAUCUGAGGCAAGGCUUCAACCAGAUCCCGCUAGCGGAGGCAGACAAGAAGAAAACCGCGUUCCAUGGGCCCGAUGGGCAGUACGAAUGGAACUUCUUGCCCUUCGGCCUGAAGUCAGCCUCGCCGGAGUUCCAACGAGUCAUGGAUCAGGUGCUCCGAGACGUCAAGAACGCGGCAUGCUACAUCGAUGAUGUGAUAGUCUUCAGUACCGACAGCAGCUCGCACGUGGCCGAUGUGGAGGCAACCCUGAGCGCCAUACAGGGGGCAGGUCUCACCUGCCACCCCGGGAAGUGCUCAUUCGGCCAAACGACGGUGUCCUACCUGGGGUUCGAAGUGGAAGGGGGGAAAAUCGGGAUCCAAAAGGCGAAGGUCGAGGUGCUGGACCGAGUGGCAACUCCGAAGGAUCGAUCCAGCCUGCGAGCUCUCCUGGGCUUCUUGAACUACUAUCGUAAGUUUGUGCCGAACUUUAGUAGCAGAGCCACAGCACUGAACCAGCUGCUUCGGGAAGAUCAGCCGUGGGAAUGGGGCCCUGACCAGGAAAGAGCGGUGCAGGACUUGAUGGGCGCAGUUAAGAACGGCGCAGUGCUGGAGCUGCCAAGGGCGGACUUACCAUUCACACUCUACACGGAUUGGAGCAGCGCGGGCAUGGGUGCAGUGCUGGCCCAAAUGAAGGGAGAAGAGGAGAAGGUGGUAGCUUUCGCGAGCCGCAGCUGUAACGCGGCCGAGGCGAACUACUCCUCCUACGAGGGGGAAGGCCUGGCGGUGGUGUGGGCCGUGAAGCACUUCAGGGUCUACCUGCAGGGCCGGAAGUUCACGCUAGUGACGGACCACCAACCUCUGCUCUGGUUGAUGCAGACGCCAGACCUGACGGGGCGGAAUGCGCGGUGGGCGAUGAAGUUACAGGAGUACGAUUUCGAGAUCAGGCAUCGUCCAGGCAAGACUAAGCAACACGUGGAUGGGCUGUCACGGAACCCACCAGCGGUGCAGCCGUCGGCCUGCCUCAUGGCGAUGGCGAAGGAAGCGGACAGGGGGCAGGUCUGGGGGGAACAAAAGGGGGGGCCAGCAGACAUCUGGGAGGACCCAGCAGCACUGGCCUGGAUACAGGGAGCUACUACGGAAGAAGGAGCAGUGUCGGCGCGGGUGCGAGCCAGAGGUGAACACUACCGCUGGUUCAAGGAGCAGGUGCAGCUGCAAACAUGGGAAGGAUGGAAGCACGUACCGCCGCCUGUAGAACGAGAGGGCAUCAUCAGCGAAGUGCAUGCAAAGCUGGGGCACUACGGGCCCUUGCGGACGCAACAGCUGGUACAGACAGGAUGGUGGUGGGCGGGAAUGCGGCAGCAGAUCAAAGACUGGGUGAGCAAGUGCGAUGCAUGCUACAGGAACCGAGCAGUGCUAGAGAGGGAGAAAGCAGAGCUGCAGCCGCUGCCUAUAGUGAGCCUGGGGUAUCGCUGGUCGCUAGACAUCGCUGGGGAGCUGCCUGUCACCACAAAAGGGCGCCGGUACAUACUGCUCAUGGUGGAGCAUGUUAGCAAAUGGGCAGAGGCAAGGCCGCUGGUGCAGAAGUCAGCGGAAGCCGUGGCAGAAGCUUUCGAGGAAAUGGUGAUCACCAGGCUAGGGGCAUGCGGUGAAGUGUUGACGGAUCAAGGAACAGAGUUUGCCGGGGCCUUUGACCAGCUGCUGCAGGCCAGCGGCAUUCGGCACAGAACCACGUCGCGCUAUCAUCCGCAAAGUGACGGGCUCACGGAGAGGCUGGUACAGACGGUGAAGAAAGGGUUGCGGGCGUACGGCGAGGAGCACAAGAGGGAUUGGGACAGGAAACUCUGCUGGGUCAUGGCAGGGUACCGUUUCAGCAAGCAGGCCGCGUUAAGGGACGUCUCUCCCUACUAUCUGCUGUUUGGGAAGGAGCCGGUGCUGCCGGUGGGAGCACCUAAGCUCUUGGCGGACAUGAUCACUACGGGCUCACCAGAAAAGUGGGUCGCGGUGGCGGACGCGCGGGCAGCGUAUCUGAGGCACCUGCUGCCAGCAGCGCUGGAGAACCUGCACGUGGCCCAGUUGAGGGACAUAGAGCAGUAUAAGCGACGGCAAGAGGCCAAUGGCAAGGGCGUAGCAGCAGGAGUGCAGGAGGAGGAGGAAGUGUACAUUAGGAGGCAGCGCAAGCAUGCCCUGGACGUGGGGCUGUCGCAGCAGCGAUGGACGGUGAAGGAGGUGCGACCCUCGGGAGUGAUUGUGCUGGAAGACGGUAAGGGCAAGCGGGUGGCAGACCAUGUGACGAACGUGGCGAGGAUCCGCUCAAAGAUGGCGAAGGGCGGACCCCAGGGUCCCAUGACGCGCACGAGGGCGGCUGCAUUGCGCCAUGGGAGGGGGCAAGGAGGGUCCGAAGAAGAGACCAGCAAGGAGAAGGGAAAGCAGAAGGUUGGGUAG